AUGCAGUGGACCCCCGAGCACACCCAGUGGGCCGAGCAGCACUUCGACAUCUCCUCCACCACCCGCUCGCCGGCCCAUAAGGCCGAGGCCUACCGGGCGGUACCCGGCCACCUGCAGCGCUCCGCCGCCUACCAGUACGCCUGGGCCAAUGACGACAUCUCCGCCCUCACCGCCUCCAACCUGCUCAAAAAGUACGCCGAGAAGUACUCCGGCAUCCUGGAGAUGCCGGGCUCCUACCCUGAGGGCCCCGGGGUAAUGAACGGACGGAAGGGGGAGUCGGAGCCCUGGCAGGACGGCGUCUACCCCAUGAGCUGCAUCCCGGAGGGGGUCCCCGUCAGGAAGGGAGGGGUGGCGGCCGCCUCGGAGGUGGUGUCCGGACUCUGCAGCUCCCCGGGCCUCGCCUCCAGCACCCUGAGCGAGCCCAGCUUCUCCAGCAGCAGCUGCGGGAGCCACGCGGCCACCGCCCUCCACUCCUCCUCCGUGAGCUCUCAGGAAUAUGGCGCGGCCUACGGCGGCACCUACCUGCACGGUAGCUACAGCUCCCAGGCGGCUGGCGCACCUGCCCUGCCCUCCCCCCUGCACAGCUCCGGGCUGCUGCAGCCCCCACCUCCUCCCCCGCCGCCCUCCGCCCACCCCACCCUGGUUCCCGCCUACAACGGAGGUUCUCCCAACCUGUCGAAUUAUAAUUAUCCUCCUGCGGGCUACCCAGCUCAGAGUGCCGUGGGGCCUGGGUACAGCCCCGGGGGAGCACCGCCUCCGUCCUCAUACCUUCCUUCAGGCAUUGCCGCGCCCACGCCCCUGCCCCCUUCCUCUACUCUCCCCGGGUACCCUUACCAGAGCCACAACCUGCCUCCGAUUGCCCCUACCCCGCUCAAUGGCAGCUCCUCCAACUCGCUGAAGAGAAAAGCCUUUUACAUGACCGGCCAAGGAGAGGUCGACUCCUCUUACACCAAUUUCAGCUACAGCCAAGCUCGGAGCUCAGCGGAGAGCCCCAUGUACAGGGUAGCAGACAGCGGUGGCACCAAUGGGGGUUCCAACAGUGGUGGUGGUGGUGGUGGUGGUGGCGGCGGCGGCACAGGUGGGUUUGACAGGAGCACAGAGAAGUCGUCCUUACCUUUUAAUCCACAAAAGCAGUCCGCUAUGCCGUCAGAGCAGCGGAAGUACAGCAACCAGGCACCAGGUGGGUCUCUCACUCCACCCUCCUACGUAUCCUCCACUGUGGGAGGUUCCCGCUCCGCAGACUCUCUCACCAGCUUCACCUCCCCAUCCCUGAAUGAGCAAGGUACCGAAGAUCACCGCAUCCACCUCUCCCAUUCUGCACCGGGGCGAACGUCCUCCUCUCGGGCUGCAGAAGAGCAACUGAAGAGCAGUGACCCACACCUCCUGGAGAUGGUGACCUCUGAGAUUCUCCAGCAGGGCCCCCCGGUGGACUGGAGUGACAUCGCAGGUCUUGAGCUGGCGAAGGCCACCAUGAAGGAGGAGGUCCUGUGGCCCAUGCUGCGCCCGGACAUGUUCAGUGGUCUGGGGCCCGCUCCACGCUGCGUGUUGUUGUUUGGCCCAAGGGGGAGUGGUCGGACUUUGCUGGGCCGCUGCAUUGCCAGUCAACUCGGUGCGCCGUUCCUCCAGCUCAGUGGUUCCACGUUGGCUACCAAGUGGCUCGCCGAGGGCGAGAAGAUACUACGAGCGUCUUUCCUGGUGGCACGCUGUCGGCAGCCCUCCGUACUGUUCAUCAGCGAGGUGGACAUGCUACUGUCAGCUCAUCUUAGCGAGGAGAGCCCCGUUAACCGGCUGAAGGCCGAGCUUCUGGCCCAGCUCGACUCACUCCACCUGGGCUCAAGUGAGGACGGGGGGAGCCAAGUGUUGGUGGUCUGCUCCACCAGCCGGCCCCAGGACAUGGAUGAGGGGCUACGCAGGUACUUUGGUCGCAGGGUCCUGGUGCCCCUGCCAGAUGGCGCCGCUCGCCACCAGAUUGUGAACCAGCUCCUGUCCCAGUCCCAGCACAAGUACUGUCUGAGCGAGGAGGAGCUGGCGCUGCUGGUCCAGCGUACUGAGGGUUUCUCCGGCUUGGACCUGGCCAGACUUUGCCGGGAGGCCCUGGUAGGUCUGCUUCACGCCUCUGCGCAGGGCAUGGACAUGACAGGCAUGAUGCCGCGGGGACAGAUCAGGCCCCUCGCCUACCAGGACUUUGACAGUGUCUUUUGUAAAUUCCAAGCCAGUAUAUCACAGAAAGAGAUUGACACAUACACGGAGUGGAACAAAAUGUUCGGUUGCAGCCAGUGA